AUGGCAGCAACAUCGCCCCCGGCCAGCUGCACUCCUGGGAGACUGCACUAUGUGCCGCCCAACGUCUCCGCCUUCGAGCCUUCGAAAGCUCUCGCAUCGUCGGCGCAGAACAUCAACACACUAUUAUGGAUUGGCGGCAUGUUCGACACUGCCGGCUCCGUAGCCUAUCCAUUCCUCCUCGCUCAGGCGCUUGGUCCCAAUUGGAGCCUCCUCACCGCUACCCUCUCCUCCUCCGGCCACUCUUGGGGAACGAGCAGUAUCGCUCGUGAUGCGGACGACGUUGCCAAGAUCGUCACGUACGUGAAGCAGCAGCGUCCGAAUGGCAAGGUGAUCAUCAUGGGUCACAGCACCGGUUGCCAGGACUGCAUGGAGUAUGUCGUGGGCAAAGGUGCAGAGAAGCGACCGCAAGUGAACGGCGUGAUCUUGCAGGCUCCCGUCUCAGAUCGCGAGGCCCUCGAGGAUCAGCUUCCGCAGACAUUCAAGCACGAAGCCGACCAGCUUGCGUUACAAAUGUGCCGGGAAGGCCGUGAGAAAGAUGUGAUGCCCUAUCGCCUCAGCAAGAAUGUGUAUGGCAGGCUGGGCAUCACCGCGCGGAGAUGGGUCGACGUUUCUUCCCCGGGGCCAAACCAUGAUGGAGCCGACGACUACUUCUCAUCCGACCUCUCCGACGAGCGACUGAAGGGAACAUUCGGCCAGUUGUCUCCGCACACGCCACUGCUGAUCGUAUACAGCGGGAAUGAUGAGAGCGUCCCGAAGACGGUGGACAAGCAGAAGUUGGUGCAAAAGUGGGCAGACAUUGUGCGGGUUGGAGGAGGAGCGGUCGACCAAAGUACUGGCGUGGUGAAAGGCGCGAGCCACAACUAUAAUGGCGAUCCUGAGGAAGUCGUGCAAGACUUGAUCACCAGAGUCGUAGGCUUCGUGAGCCGUCUCGAUUCUGGUACUGGACCUAGAAUCUGACCUGGUUCGCACGCUGCUCACCUCGUAUUCCGUUCGUCGAGUGUAUAUCGAUGUUCGUUGAACCAGCGCAACGCCUUCACAGCUCUUGUCAUUUCUGGUAUUCCUCACAUUCGGUUUGUUCAUACUGCUGUGUCCGCCUACCGGCGGCCAAGAUGCAGGUGGGUCAGGCCAGGCUAGAAGCUGUCCGUUCCACCGAUACCCGAGACAAGGGUGCAGUCUCGCCUGCUACACUGCUACAGGACCAUAAGCACUAGAACAUGGUCGAACGCAGCGUCUUCCCCUUUAUCAUUUACUGGCGUCUGGGAACCCC